AGUCGGUGGGCAGUAACUGUGUCUUCUGAAGAAGCAGAGAGAGAGAGGGCGGGGGAGAGAACUGUGUCUGGGUCAGCUCGGUCUGUCAUCUCAGACAGUCAGAGAGAGCGAGACCGUACGCAAGAGAUAGACGGCAGGAUACAGGAGGUAUGUCAGAGGAUGUGGUUUCCCUGAGCUUGCAGAACAUUGCACAGACAUACUUUGAGCAUGACCUAACGGCAGCAUGCAAAGUGUGUUUUCUGCGCUCCACUAGCUGCCUGCCGCAGGAGGACUGAUCCGCUCGGGAUCCUCGCUUCUUGUUGUUAUUGUGCUGUCACAUCCAACAGGAAUCCUACCGUCACUCUUGCUGUUCACACGCAGGACGGUGGAUCGCUGACUCAAACUUGCAGCGUCUGCGUGUCGACACCUCCACAACAGGCUUAACUGUGAACUCGUUCGGCAGAAAUGGGCUGCGGGUUGAGGAAGUACCGUCAGCCGGAAGACAACAGUCCGGGAAAGAUUUACUCCACCCUCAAGAGACCACAGGUGGAGACCAGUGUCGGGGUCGCCUACACGUACCACCAUUUAGACUUCCUGGUGGGGAAAGAUGAUGGGACGUCCACGCUGUGCCUGUCCUCAGUGAGGGAGCUGCCGUCUCAGCUGCAGGAUCUGUACCAGCAGGGCUUCAUUCUAGCAGCUGUGCACCCCUUCGUCCAUCCGUGUGGCCCCGAGCCCGCCAGCGUCCAGCGCCAGCUCUACCGGGCAGUGCUCAUCAAAGUCUCUGACAGCUGGGAGAAGAAUCCGGCAGACUUUGAGCCUUACCAUCUCAAACUGGAGGAAUGCAUGUCUGCAGACCAGAUUCCCACCACGGAGCACAUCCAAGGAUACGUGAAGAAACAGAUCCAGGAUGCUGCGGAUCAGGGAAUCAUGUUUGUGGGCUUCAUCCAGGAGCCAGCUGGCCUACGCCCACACGUGCUCCGGCACGGAGAACCAGAGGAACCCUCCCUCUCCCUGCACUCCAGCCCCAGCUCGCUGCACGGCUCGGGGCUGACGGCCAGUCCCAGUCCCCUGGAGGAGCCGGAGCUGGGAGACGAGUCCGGAGCGGAGAACGAAGGGAAAAACGGGAGAGGUGAGGCUCUGAGAGAAGACGAGAAAGCUACUGAAGGUGGAGACGGAGGAGACGAUCUCUCUGUUGAGACAUCAGCCGUGUUGAACCCAGGAUCCGGUGAAACACAGCAAGGAGAAACACUGACACACAACAACAACGACACGGCCAGAAUCACAGACACAUCCCAGAAACCCAGCAGGCUGGCCCUGACUAAGAGUGGAGCCGAGCUCUUUGGUUUGUUUAACUACCCGGGUCGGCGUGAGGGUCAGCUGAAGUACUACACAGUUAAAGUGCCUCUUCGAGUUCAGCCGCAGGGCGAGGGCAUCUGUACUGUGGAGGCCAACUGGCUCGAUCACAUGACUCAACACUUCAACAACGGAGCGUUACUAGUGGACGGAUUCUUUCAGCUGACCAGAGACAACGAUGUUCUCAUCAAAACUGUGGACAGUGUGUUCGUGUUCCAGGAAGGAAUAGAGAGCGACACCAAUGCGGCUGCUGCGUACGACGCUAUAGUGGUGGAACAAUGGACAAUCAUUCAUGGUUUACAGGUGAAGACAGACUAUAUUCCCCUGCUGCAGUCUUUGGCUUCAUUUGGCUGGAGACUCACUUGUGUGCUGCCUACACCCAUCAUCAAGACCAACAGUGAUGGCAGUUUGGCCACCAAGCAGAUCGUUUUCCUCCAGAGACCAGUGUUACCUCGAAAGAAGAAGGAAUCCAAGAAAGUCAUCUUUAAAGCACGGAACAAGUCCAACAAGAACUCGGUCAAAGACGCACCAAAGAACAAGAAGAAGAAAGACUCCACACCCACCGUAGAGAAAGAGAUAAGUGAUCAAACGCAAUGUGAUGGAGCCGAGAAGAGCGCUGAAGAGACAAAUACAAGACGGGAGGAGAAGCAGAAUAACGAGACUGAUGCUGAAGUGCAGAGUGAACAGAAAGAGGACGGAGAGGAAGGGAACGAGGCCGUAGGAGCAGGCAGGGAAACACAAGAAGCGGUGGGCGGAAAUAGUGAGAGAGACGGAAAUGCUAAGGAUGAGGUAGACGUUAAAGAGGAAGAGUGUAGGGUGAAAACAGAAGCUGAAAUGGAGUCGUGUCAAGACAAGGCCUCACCUACAGCACAAGAAACAGGACGAGAGGACCAUGAGGUGGACAAACAGGAAGACAGCUCAGCCAAUCAGGAUUGAGGACGCACUCACACCCACCAGGCCAACGCAAGUGGAUCUUUAUGAAUGUUCUAAUUGCUUCGCUGCAAAAAAAAAGAAAAGAAAAAAAGAUUUUGUCUUGUUUCCAGUAUCUAAACAUCCUUAAAACAAGUUCAAUUACAAAACAAGAAAACAAGCCAAUGCCAAUGCUGAUUAAACGUCUUGUUUUAUUGAUUUUUAAAUACUCAAGACGAAACUACUGGUAUGGUUUUAGACAGGUUAACUGUCAUGCAAACACCUCAUCUGACAUUUCCACCGCUUGUAACCAAUGCUGAACAUUUAACUCAUGGCUGGUGAGCGGGCGAUAACAGCCAAAGGACUCCGCUAUCCAGGAAGAGGGAGGAACGAUGGGAAGAGAUUGUUUAUCAGUAAAUGCACUGGAUGGGAAAACCACAUUAAUAUUUACUCAAUGAGCCCAGAGACAGACUCGAAGACGGCAUCACAGACGCGCUCCGAGGAGAAGGUUCCUACCGCGAGAAGCAAUCUGUUGUGUUGAAAGUGCAUUUGUUUGUGUAUGCUUUUGUUUACGUUUAUAUGAAUAUUUCAUUUGACCGUCCGAACGAAAGGGUCAGCUUCUCGAAAUGGAAGAGAAGGUUCACGACCUGGUUGAGAGUCAUACUGGGAAUAUUUCUAUUACGUUUGUUGUACAGUGGUUUGGUCGUAAGCAUUCAGAGCGUAUUCACCACAGGUUUAAAGAAAUAAACAUUCUGUCAUCAUUUACUCACCC